AUGAAGAAAGCUUCACCCGUUUCCAGUCAGCAAACGCAAUACUACUUGCCACAUCACGGAGUGCUCAAACCAGACAGUGCAACCACGAAAUUACGUGUGGUAUUCAAUGGCUCGAGCGCAUCCACAUCUAGCCGCUCACUUAAUGAUAUCAUGCACACGGGAGCCAAGUUGCAUUUAGACGUCACCGAUGUCUUGCUCUGGAUUCGACAAUUUCGACACCUAGUUGCCACGGACAUCACCAAGAUGUAUAGACAAAUCAACGUGCAUGAAGAUGACUGGAACUUACAACGGAUUCUCUGGCUCGACGAACUGCUCAAUGAAGUGGCAUAUUAUCUAACUACGGUCACAUAUGGCACCAAGGCUGCCCCGUUCUUGGCAGUGCGAACGCUGCUGCAACUGGUGAAGGACGAAGGCCAUAAUUUUCCUCUUGCAGUGCCGUCCAUCCUUCAAGGUCGAUACGUCGACGACAGCUUUGGAGGCGCUGACACUGUCCAACAGUUAAUCAAAAUUGCAUUGCAGCUGAAGAACUUGUGCAUGGCGGGCGGUUUUCCAUUGGCCAAGUGGCACUCGACUCAUCCAGACGUGCUCACGGUUCAAGCAGACAAAGACCAGGGCUCACAAAUUACAUUUGACGAUUGCGCAACCAAGAUACUCGGAUUACGAUGGCUUCCUCAAGAAGAUUCAUUCGCAUUUGCAACAAGGAUCUCAUCGCAUACCGAUCAUCUCACCAAACGCCUCGUUUUGUCUGAAGUGGCUCAGAUAUUCGAUCCACUAGGCUUUGCAUCACCAGUCGUGAUCAAGGCGAAGAUGCUCUUGCAAGAGCUUUGGCUUCAUAAGCUCCAAUGGGAUGAACCACUGCCAUCCCAGCUCUCAUCACGGUGGCUCAUCAUCAGAAAGGAACUCACCAGCUUGCGCAAGAUCUCAAUACCUCGGUGGUAUAACACAUGGAGUACAUCGACAGUAGAAUUUCACGGCUUUUCUGAUGCUUCUCAACUGGCAAUGGCUGCAGUCGUAUUUAUCACCGUCUACGGCUCAAAUAGCGCCACGAUUUCAUUGGUGUGCUCCAAAAUAAAG